AUGAGUAAAGAUAUUAUUCAGAAUUAUGAAGAUAUUGCUUCUCGUAUCAGUGAUUACAUUAAAGAAGGUAAUUUCUUUUAUAUAUUUGAAAUCGAAGACAUCAAAAAGAUCAUGAAAAAUUCAAAUUUUACAGCAAACGACUUUGUUACUCUUAUUGAACAGUCGCACCAUACUAUCAAAGCAAAUGAAUUAUAUAUCUGCACUCGAAAUACUAAUAUUCAUAUUCAAAGCUUUGAAGAUGUCAUUUCAACACUGAAAUCAGUCAAAAAGUACAUGAAACUGGGAAUACUUAAUGGCAUUAUUGACUUUUUAGAUCAAAAAGCGAAAGAAAUGUCUGAUUCUACAGAGAAAAUCCAAAAACUUCAAACAGAGCUAAACAAAAUUCAAAAACAAAAACAAAAAAGUGACAAUGAAAUAAAAUCUCUUCAAUCACAACUCAAUCAAAUCAAUGAAACAACUAAUCAAGAAGCAUUCUUAGAAAAAAUUUCAGAACUCAAGAAAUCAGAUGAUUUCGAAAGUAUCUAUAAUUUCUUUGAAGAACUUUCAUCUCAAGGGAAUCAAACUAUUAUUUCAAAAGCAUGUGAAGAAGGACUUUGGAAAAAAAUGACUCCUAAGGAUUCUAAAUAUGAUGAAAGUCGGAAUGUGCUUCAUGAAGCAUGUAAAAAAGGAAAUCUUAAACUUGUCAAAUCUCUCAUUGAAUGUGGCUGUGAUAAAGAAACAAGAAGUUAUUAUGAUUUUACUCCACUCAUUUGUGCAUCAAGAGAAGGUCAUCUUGAAGUUGUAAAAUAUCUGAUCUCUAUUGGAGCUGAUAAAGAAGCAAAGGAUAGUAAUGGAUGUACUCCACUCAUUCAGGCAUCAAAUUCAGGUAAACAUGAAAUUAUUAAAUACCUUAUCUCUAUUGGAGCUGAUAAAGAAGCAAAAGAUCAAUGGGGAAAUACUCCACUCAUUUGA